GCAGCGUCAUUCUGUAGUAAAGUUACUGUAGUUGCAAAGAGGCUCCUCAUUUCAGCUCCAGAGGUCUCUCAUCUCCGUGGUGGUGCUGCGGCGGCGGCGUCUCGGCAUGCGACAACUUCAGUUUCAGGCGAUCUCCAAAGGAGCCGUGCAGCCAUGGGAGUGCAUUACCUCAGCCAUGCAAUUUCCACUAUUAAUAAUUUAAUCUAUUUGCUCCAAAGCUGAAGAGAUAUCCUGAAGCUUGUCGGGAGAGAGGAGUGUUUUUUGGGGGGGAAGGGGGGUCAAAAAUACCGCUUAAGUAAAUUACUCAGGGAGUUGUCCAAAACAUCCCAGAUGACACUACCGUCCUGUUGAAUGGUCUGUUUUACGACUGGGCACUAAAAGUUCCACCAGGUUAGAAGAGUGAUGACCAUCCUGUUCCUUACUAUGGUUAUUUCAUACUUCAGUUGCAUGAGAGCUGCGCCCCUGAGAGAUGCCCCGGGCAUGCGGGGCCAUCGGACGGAAGGCUACUUGGGCGCUGCUGCAACGGCCGAAAGAGGCCACGGGACUCCCCAGAGCGGUGGAGGGCCAGGCCAGCGCGGGGAACUGCCCUCGCUCACAGACACAUUUGAGCAAGUGAUAGAGGAGUUGCUGGAGGUGGAGGGCGAGGCGGCGCAGCUGGGACAGGGGGCCGAUAAGAGCCAGGGAGGUGGUGGCCCAUCCUCUGUAGUCACCACGGAGGCCAAGGAUGUCGAUCUGUACAACUCGCGGGUGAUGAUCAGCAACCAAGUGCCUUUGGAGCCGCCGUUGCUCUUUCUCCUGGAGGAAUACAAAAACUAUCUGGAUGCCGCUAAUAUGUCCAUGAGGGUGCGGCGACACUCCGAUCCCUCACGACGUGGAGAGCUCAGUGUGUGUGACAGUAUUAGCCAGUGGGUGACAGCUGUGGAUAAAAAGACGGCAAUAGACAUGUCCGGGCAGCAAGUUACCGUCAUGGAAAAGGUCCCUGUCCCCAAUGGCCAACUGAAGCAAUACUUUUAUGAGACCAAAUGCAACCCCAUGGGGUACACAAAGGAGGGCUGCAGAGGAAUAGACAAGCGGCAUUAUAAUUCCCAAUGCAGGACAACCCAGUCCUACGUGCGAGCGCUUACCAUGGAUAGCAAAAAGAAGAUUGGCUGGCGGUUUAUAAGGAUAGACACUUCAUGUGUAUGCACAUUGACCAUUAAAAGAGGGAGAUAGUGUAUAAAAUGUAUAGAUUUUAUUGAAGAGUUUAAAAAAGAGAAUAAAGAGAAAAUAUCUAUUUGUAUAUAUACAUAACAGGGUAAAUUAUUCCGUCAAAUGAAAAUUUUAUGGACUGCAUGUAAAAAAAGAUGAAGUUUAUACAGUAAAAGUGAUACUACAGUCUAUUUAUUGAACAUAUUCAUGACCUUGUAAACAAUUAAAAAAAAUCUGAUCAGUCA